ACUUGAGCCCCUACGAGCUGAAUAUGAAUUCUUCAUCAAUCACUGCACACGUAGAACAUAUGUACUCGAAUUUUCUAAGUGCACUGCCAAUGAUUGUCAUCACUGUUCAUCACAUCCUGUAAGGGCAGUUGAAUUUAUGAAGUACAUGAAAGGCUUAGGUGGAAGGUUACCAACUCCAACUAAAAGUUCAGUUCAUGAUGGUCACUACUUAACAAAGCUAGAGUUGGACCACCACUUGAUUAUCGAGGGGAAAGCACCAAUAGGUUUAGAUGAGGGCCUUCCUUCAAAAUCAGAUCCAAUUAGCUAUUGCCCCAGGGGAUGUUCAUAUGUCAUACAAUCCAAAGCAGAUGGAAACAAGCAUGACCUGCUUUGUCACUACACGCAGAGGACCAGUGAGCAAAGAGUGAAACAAAGAGAGAGGAAACUCCAGGAAAGGAAUGAUGGUACCACUGACAACGUAGAACUAGGAAAUCCAGCCCACACAUUUGUUUGCCACCAUCACUGUCCUGACACUGGUAUGGACUGCUCAAUGAGUUUUCCAACAAGUUACAUGCUCAGAAAGCACAAACUGGAGUCUGGGCAUUUAAAGCCACGGAAGAGGCAAAGGGUGAAUUGAACAUGAUGAAUAUACAGUGCAUGGAAUAACAGUACAUAAUCAAUACAUGAAAUAUAUAUACAGUGCAUGAAAUAUACAGUUUAAAUACUAUGUACAUGGAAUACUACUACAAUAAUUUGAAUCUACGAUUUUGGAUAAUAAUACAAAUGAA